AUGGAAAAUUCCACAAGAUGCACUGCCAUUGAAAGGCUCAACGAGGCUGCAAAACUUGGCUCCCUCCAACUUUUGAACACAUUGAUUGAAGAAGACACAAACAUCGUCCAAAAAUGUUUGGUGUCAAAUUGCAAUUCUGAGACUCCCCUUCACGUCUCGGUUUCACAUGGUCAUCUUGAGUUCACUCGGUUUCUUUUGGAUCAGAACCCCGAGCUCGUCGUUGAGACCAACACGCUCCAACGCACACCUCUGCACUUGGCUUCUGCCAAUGGAGAUAUUGAGAUGGUUCGAGUUUUGUUGGAGAAGAACACGAGUGCUUGCUUGAUUAGAGAUUUGUAUGGAAUGAUUCCUCUUCAUUAUUCAGCAAUUAAAGGCCAUAUUCAAGUAACGCAAGACCUAAUCAAUGCAAGACCACAAACUGUUAAAACAAAGCUUGGGGAUGCCCAAACUAUUUUACAUUUGUGUGUUAAAGAGAAUCAACUGGAGGCUAUGAGAAUGUUGGUUCAAUCAGUGAUUAAUGAUAAAGACUUCUUGAAUGCGGUGGACAAUGACGGAAACACUAUUUUGGAUUUGUCGAUGAUACAUCGACAAAUUGAGAUGGUACGAUAUUUACUCAAUAUUCCAGGAACAGAAACAGCAGGAACAAGAUCAUUGUUAAACAUUGUGGUUUCAGAAACACGGAAUGUCCAAACAGAAGGGGAGAUAAUACAGCCAACAGGACGUAAAAACUUGUCAUUGUAUGAUUUUAUCAAUAACCUAGGUAAGUGGUCGGAUAAUGCGCAAGUGAAUCUGAUGUUAGUGGCAACAGUAACUUACCAAAGCGUGAUCAAUCCUCCUGGAGGGGUGUUGCAAGAAGAACAAAAAUUCAAUAACAUAACCAUUCCAAGCAACAUAGUUUUCACACGAGGGACUGCUGUUAUGUUGUACUAUGCCAUAGGAGGGCGGGGUCUUUUCCCUUGGUUCUUGAUCUCAAAUACUCUUUCGGUGGAUCCUUGGUGUUCAGUGGUUGUCAUUGUUCUCAUUCUAUUUCGGUGCUCUAUGAGCGGUAUGAUCACUGGCUUUUUAUGUACACUUGCCAUGUGUGGAGCUGUUGGAUCCUUGGUGUUAAGUUACGUGACUGGGGUUUGGAUCGUUACCAAUGGUACGGUUAGUGAAGAUGAUAUUUCUGCUCUUUUUAAGGGAGUGGAUAAUAAUAUCGAUUUUACAAAGUGGGGCUACAUAGGGGCACUUCCUGUUUUCAUGAUGGUGGCAGGACAGGUUCUAACCAUCAUGUUUCACCAUUUUCUUCAUCGGAUUCCGGCUUCAUAUUCCUAUACCAACAAGUCUCGAGACAGCCAAGGGCUUUAGGCAAAAAUUUAUUUACUUUAAACGGUUGCUUAGGCAAAUUUUAUUCACUCUAAAACGGUUGUUUUUAUCUUCAGCAAGACCUAAUUUUGUAUUUUAUUUCCAUUUAUGUUGAGUUCGUUUAUCAA